UAUACGGCCUAACAAACCUCGACUUGUCUCUCGAUUAGCGUGGGUUCGAGGAUCAUGAAAUCUGCGGAUGAGUUGGGUCGGCAGUGUUUGGGCUAACAUUGGUUCUGGCUCCAUGAUCAACUUCAUAAUAAAUUCAAAGUGUGAUGGCACCGUAUUCACACACAAAAUAUUCAACUUCAAAAUGCUGACGCUUUUAUUCAUUUCCUUGUUUAUCAUCGUCGCUCUCUCCGCCCUUCUCUUCAAGUUUGCCAUUUCUGAUGGAGAUUAUACUCUACUCUCAAAAAGGCAUGUAAAGCGUGAAGAAAUUGAAGAUAAGGUUGUUUGGAUUACUGGAGCUAGCCGUGGGAUUGGAGAAAUUCUUGCCAAACAAUUGGCAAGUUUAGGGGCCAAACUUAUUCUUUCUGCACGAAAUGGAACUGAACUGGAGCGAGUUAGGAAACAACUUACUGGUAAAUACGCACCUGAGCAAGUAAAGAUUUUGCCCCUUGAUUUGUCAUCUGAAGAGGAUAGACUCAAGGAAGCUAUAGACAAAGCAGAAUCCUUUUUUCCCGGUGUUGGUGUUGAUUAUAUGUUCCACAAUGCAGCUUAUGAGCGUCCUAAAACGACGGCUUUGGAUGUAACAGAGGAAAGUCUUAAGGCUACAUUCAAUGUGAAUGUAUUCGGGACAAUAUCUCUCACACGGCUGCUGACACCUUUUAUGCUAAGAAGGGGAAGAGGUCACUUUGUUGUGAUGAGCAGUGCUGCUGGAAAGACACCUGCACCUGGUCAGGCAGUGUACUCAGCUUCUAAAUAUGCUUUAAAUGGAUAUUUCCAUACCUUGCGUUCUGAGCUCUGUCAGAAAGGGAUUAAGGUUACUGUAGUUUGUCCUGGGCCAGUAGCAACUCCAAAUGGUUCCGGAGCAACAUCUUCCACAACUAACGUUUCCUCUGAGAAGCGUGUGUCAGCUGAAAGGUGUGCAGAACUCACAAUCAUUGCUGCCUCUCAUGGUUUGAAAGAAGUUUGGAUAUCCUACCAGCCUGUACUCGCAGUAAUGUAUCUGGUGCAGUACAUGCCUACCAUUGGCUAUUGGCUCAUGGACAAGGUUGGAAGGCGUCGAGUAGAAGCUGCUGCGGAGAAAGGCAACACCUACUCGUUGAGCUUACUUUUUGGGAAAAAGAAGGCAGCCUGAAAGUAAAGGGCGUCUUAAUCUCUGUUGCACACCAGAUUGAGAUAUUAACUAGUAUGUUACCUUACCAACCCAACUCAGUAAUUAAUUAGACAUAUUCAUGAGUCUGAUUAUUUAUUUAGUUCGAAACGAAUUUAGUGUGGAAUGUGGUUGUAGUUAUA